ACAAUUCGUAUCAAAAGACUUUGUUCUUCUAUGACGUCAUGCUAUACCAUUUUCCACUGCAUCAGACUCGGCAAUCCGGCAUAGCGUUUCCAACCUCUUCAAACAAGCGUGGUAAUAGUUAGGUGGGAGAGAGAGGGAACAAAGAUCCGAACCGGCGGUACUCAGAAGAAGAAAAGAGGAUAUGAAGCAACUUAAUUCUUGUGGCAUGGUCUAUACUGAACUUGCAAGCAACAGUUAAAUAUGAUCAGAUGCUUAUAACAAUGAAGCGUUACAUCUAUAUCAAUGAUGAUGAAAUAUCCCAUGAUCUUUACUGUGACAACCGCAUAUCAAACAGAAAAUAUACUUUAUUGAACUUUCUCCCUAAGAACUUAUGGGAACAGUUCAGCCGGUUCAUGAACCAAUACUUUUUAUUAAUUGCUUGCCUUCAACUAUGGCCGCUUAUUACUCCUGUGAAUCCUGCCAGUACAUGGGGCCCUCUUAUCUUUAUUUUUGCGGUCUCUGCGACAAAAGAGGCAUGGGAUGAUUAUAAUAGAUAUCUAUCAGACAGGAAGGCAAAUGAGAAAGAAGUCUGGGUUGUUAGGCAAGGCAUAAGAAAACAUGUCCAAGCACAGGAUAUUCAUGUAGGUAAUAUUGUGUGGAUUCGAGAGAAUGAUGAAGUACCAUGUGAUCUUGUUUUACUUGGAUCUUCAGAUCCGCAGGGCGUGUGCUAUAUUGAGACUGCUGCCCUAGAUGGUGAAACUGAUUUGAAGACGAGGGUUAUACCCUCCGCUUGCAUGGGAAUAGAGUAUGAAUUAUUGCACAAGAUCAAGGGUGUUAUUGAGUGUCAUAGUCCAGAUAAGGACAUUAGAAGAUUUGAUGCGAAUCUUCGGUUGUUUCCCCCAUUUCUUGAUAAUGAUUUGUGCCCUUUAACAAUUACAAACACAAUUCUUCAGUCAUGUUACUUGCGGAACACGGAGUGGGCUUGUGGAGUAGCCGUCUACACAGGCAAUGAAACCAAACUGGGUAUGAGUAGGGGGAUACCUGAACCAAAGCUCACAGCUGUGGAUGCCACGAUUGACAAGUUGACUGGAGCUAUAUUUAUUUUUCAGAUUGUGGUUGUUAUUGUUCUAGGCAUAGCUGGCAAUGUCUGGAAGGAUACUGAAGCAAGGAAGCAAUGGUACGUUCAUUAUCCGAUGGAAGGUCCAUGGUUUGAACUAUUGAUUAUUCCUCUUCGCUUUGAGCUUCUUUGUUCUAUAAUGAUCCCCAUAUCAAUUAAGGUCUCUCUGGAUCUUGUGAAGAGCUUAUAUGCUAAAUUUAUUGAUUGGGACAACAAGAUGAUUGACCAAGAAACUUGUACUCCAUCCCAUGCAACCAAUACAGCAAUAAGCGAGGAUCUGGGACAAGUUGAGUACAUUUUAACUGACAAAACUGGUACCCUAACUGAAAACAAAAUGAUCUUUAGAAGGUGUUGUAUCAAUGGUGUUUUCUACGGAAACGAGAGCGGGGAUGCAUUGAAAGAUGCAGAGCUGAUCGAUGCUGUUUCAAGUGGCUCUGCGGAUGUUGUGCGUUUUCUUACAGUUAUGGCAAUAUGUAAUACAGUUAUACCAGUGAAAAGCAAAAGCGGAGAUAUCUUGUACAAGGCACAGUCUCAGGAUGAGGAUGCUCUUGUUCAUGCUGCUGUUCAGUUGCAUAUGGUUUUUGUCAAUAGGAAUGCAAAUAUUCUUGAGAUCAAGUUCAAUGCUUCAACAAUUCAAUAUGAAGUCUUGGAGACUCUUGAGUUUACAUCUGAUAGGAAAAGAAUGUCAGUGGUUGUGAAAAAUUGCCAGAAUGGAAGGAUCCUUCUUUUGUCAAAAGGAGCAGAUGAAGCUAUUCUUCCUUAUGCAUGUGCUGGACAGCAAACAAGGGCUUUUCUUGAAGCUGUGGAACAAUAUACUCAAUUGGGGCUGCGUACGCUGUGCUUGGCUUGGCGUGAAUUGAAAGAAGAUGAAUAUCGAGAAUGGUCUUUGUUGUUGAAAGAGGCUAGCAGCACCUUAGUUGAUAGGGAGUGGAGAAUUGCUGAGGUCUGCCAAAGGUUAGAACAUGAUUUGGAAAUUCUUGGAGUUACUGCAAUAGAAGACCGUCUACAGGAUGGUGUCCCAGAAACAAUAGAAACACUAAGGAAAGCAGGAAUAAACUUUUGGAUGUUAACUGGUGACAAGCAGAAUACUGCCAUACAGAUUGCUCUCUCAUGCAAUUUUAUUUCCCCAGAGCCAAAGGGUCAGCUUCUUUCAAUUGAUGGCAGAACUGAAGAUGAAGUGCAUAGAAGUUUAGAGAGAGUUUUACUUACAAUGAGGAUAACAAUGUCAGAACCUAAGGAUUUGGCAUUUGUUGUUGAUGGCUGGGCUCUAGAAAUUGCACUGAAAUAUUAUCGGAAAGCCUUUACAGAAUUAGCAAUAUUGUCAAGGACUGCUAUUUGUUGUCGUGUGACACCAUCUCAAAAAGCACAGCUUGUGGAGCUCCUAAAAUCAUGUGACUAUAGAACAUUAGCCAUUGGGGAUGGUGGGAAUGAUGUCAGGAUGAUACAACAAGCUGAUAUAGGUGUUGGCAUUAGUGGGAGAGAAGGUCUGCAGGCAGCAAGGGCAGCUGAUUAUAGUAUUGGGAAGUUCAGGUUUCUGAAAAGGUUAAUACUAGUCCAUGGGCGGUACUCAUACAACCGUACAGCAUUUCUGGCCCAGUACUCCUUUUAUAAAUCCCUACUAAUAUGUUUCAUCCAGAUCUUUUUCUCUUUUAUUUCAGGUGUCUCUGGAACCAGUCUUUUCAAUUCUGUGAGUUUGAUGGCUUAUAAUGUUUUCUACACUAGUAUUCCGGUUCUAGUCAGUGUCCUUGACAAAGAUCUUGGUGAAGAAACUGUGAUGCAGCAUCCACAAAUUUUAUUUUACUGCCAAGCGGGGAGGCUCCUAAAUCCUAGCACAUUUGCUGGAUGGUUUGGGCGAUCUCUCUUUCAUGCACUUGUUGUGUUUGUAAUCAGCAUAAAUGCCUAUGCCUAUGAAAAAAGCGAAAUGGAGGAGGUUUCGAUGGUGGCACUCUCUGGAUGUAUUUGGUUACAGGUCUUUGUUGUGACAUUGGAAACCAAUUCCUUUACAACACUGCAGCAUAUUGCCAUAUGGGGGAAUUUGGUUGCUUUCUAUUUAAUCAACUGGAUCUUCAGUGCUGUUCCAUCAUCAGGGAUGUAUACCAUUAUGUUUCGGCUGUGUAGACAACCAUCUUAUUGGACAACUGUGUUCCUCAUAGUUGCAGCUGGGAUGGGUCCAAUUCUGGCUCUCAAGUACUUCCGGUAUACAUACAGACCAAGUAAAAUCAAUACACUUCAGCAGGCUGAACGCAUGGGUGGGCCUAUCUUGUCUAUUGGGAGCAUUGAACCACAGCCAAGAUCUUUAGAGAAAGAUGUUUCUCCUUUGUCUAUAACCCUACCCAAGAACAGAAAUCCAGUUUUUGAGCCUCUACUAUCAGAUUCACCAAAUACUAGAAGGUCUUUUGGAUCAGGAACACCAUUCGAUUUCUUUCAGUCGCCGUCCAGAUUGUCAUUGAGUUAUGCAAGAAACUGUAAAGACAACUGAAUCAUACAAUUCAUCCAGCAGCUUGAAACAAAUGGUUUCUAGGUGCCCCAGAUUUUGGUUUCAUUUUUGUUAUAAAAGAGCAGUGUUUGUACCUCAAGGAGGUCAGGAGAAAUCCUUAUUCAUACAAGUUACAGAGAUGAAUAGUAUAUAUGUACUGUUAAAUUUUGGCCUGGCAUAAAUGAAUUAAUCAAAUCACUGCAAUCUUUAGGAUCUA